AUGCCUACGAGAAACGAGUACACGGAGAAAGGAGUGGGAAUGGUUAUAAACAGAACCUAUCUUUUUCUCCAUAGAUGUGACGCAGACCCCUCAGCCUUAGCCAACUAUGUUGUGGCAUUAGUCAAGAAAGACAAACCAGAGAAAGAGCUGAAAGCUUUCUGUGCUGAUCAGCUGGAUGUCUUUCUGCAAAAAGAAACUUCAGGUUUUGUAGAUAAACUUUUUGAAAGUCUGUACACAAAGAGUUAUCUUCCUUCUCCUGAACCCACGAAAGUAGAAGCGAAGCCUGCAGGUCAGGAAAAAGAAGAAGUCAAGGAGGAGAAUUUUCAAGAGUCAGUUGAGGAAGAGCUUUUUUUUUGGAAAAAGAAGUAUUCCAGUCCACAGAGAAGCCGUGCAGAUUCCAGUGAACAAAGAACCAGAGACAAAAAGAGAGAUGAUGGGAAAUGGAGGGACUAUGACAGAUACUAUGACAGGAGUGACUUGUACAGAGAGAAGUCUGGCUGGCGACGUGGCAGGAGUAAAAGUCGUAGUAAAAGCAGAGGGUUAAGUCGAAGUCGCAGCCGCAGUAGGGGGAGAAGCAAAGACCGUGAUACAAACAGAAGUGUUGAGCACCGAGAGAGAUCAAAAUUCAAGAGUGAAAGAAAUGAUGUUGAAGUCUCGUAUAAUCCAGUUUCUGUGUCUCCCAGUAAAUCUAGUGAACAGUAUUCCUCUGCACAAUCUAUUCCCAGUGCUGUUACUGUAAUUGCACCUGCGCACCAUCUUGAAAACACAACAGAGAGCUGGUCAAAUUACUACAACAAUCAUAGCAAUCCCAGUUCAUUUGGCAGAAACCCUCCUCCUAAAAGAAGAUGUCGAGAUUAUGAUGAGCGAGGAUUUUGUGUACUUGGUGAUCUUUGCCAGUUUGAUCAUGGAAAUGAUCCUUUAGUAGUAGAUGAAGUUUCCUUGCCAAGUAUGAUUCCGUUUCCUCCACCACCUCCGGGACUUCCUCCUCCUCCUGGUAUGCUUCUGCCCCCUUUGCCAGGUCCAGCUCGUAAUAUGAGGUUGCCAGUUCCACAAGCUCAUCCACAGGCACCACCUCCUGUUGUGCUUCCCGUACCAAGACCACCUUUAACACAGUCAAGUUUGAUAAAUAAUCGUGACCAGCCUGGGACAAGCGCAGUGCCCAGUCUUGCACCUGUAGGAGCAAGACUACCUCCUCCUUUACCCCAGAACCUACUGUAUACAGUAUCAGAACAUACAUAUGAGCCAGAUGGCUAUAACCCUGAAGCUCCUAGUAUUACCAGUGCUGGUAGAUCUCAGUAUCGACAGUUCUUUACAAGAGCACAAACGCAGCGUCCAAAUCUAAUUGGCCUAACAUCUGGGGAGAUGGAUACAAAUCCAAGAGCUGCCAAUAUUAUCAUCCAGACUGAACCUCCCAUUCCCAUUACAAAUAAUAGCAGCAAUGUAACUAGAGUUGUCCUUGAACCAGACAGCAGGAAAAGAUCUCCAAGUAGCAUGGAAUGUCCACCAUUAAAGAAACCGUGGCUGGGAAAGCAAGCAAAUAACAACCAGAAUAAGCCAGGAUUUUUGAAAAAGAAUCAGUAUACUAAUACAAAGUUAGAAGUUCGAAAAAUUCCGCCAGAAUUGAACAAUAUUACACAGCUCAAUGAACAUUUCAGCAAAUUUGGAACUAUUGUAAACAUUCAGGUCGCUUUCCAGAAUGAUCCCGAAGCUGCUCUAAUUCAGUACUUAACUAACGACGAGGCUAGGAAGGCAAUUUCCAGCACAGAGGCAGUUCUGAACAAUCGGUUUAUAAGGGUACUGUGGCACAGAGAAAGUGAACAGCAGCCCCCGUUGCUGCAGCAACAACAGCAGCAGACACCCACGCAGUCUCUUCACCACCAACUUCACCUUCAGCAGCAAGCCCUGACCACGACUCCAGCUGUAACAAUGCAUAGCAAUCUGUCAAAGGUGAUGAAUAAACCACUGGCAUCUGGUGCCUAUGUCCUUAAUAAAGUCCCAGUGAAACGUCGCCUUGGAGCAGCAGGUGGAAACCAGCCUGACUUAAGCCAGUCUGGGGCUGUGGUAGAGGAUUCUCAGACGUUUCCUACUUCUACAAGCCACUCAAAAAUGGUUUACAGUUCUUCAAACUUAAAGACAUCUAUGAAGCCUGGUGCAGGGUCUAAACCUCAUGAUAUGCAAGAAGCCCUUAAAAAAAAACAGGAGGCAAUGAAACUCCAACAAGACAUGAGGAAAAAGAAGCAGGAGAUGUUAGAAAAACAAAUAGAAUGCCAGAAGAUGUUGAUAUCCAAGCUGGAGAAAAAUAAGGCCAUGAAACCAGAAGAGAGAGCAGAAAUAAUGAAGACCUUAAAAGAACUAGCAGGAAAAAUAUCUCAGUUAAAGGAUGAAUUAAAAACUUCAUCUACAACCUCUACACCAUCAAAAUUGAAGUCCAAGACAGAGGCACAAAAGGAACUUCUAGAUGCAGAGCUGGAUUUUCAUAAGAGACUCUCUUCUGGAGAAGACACAACUGAAUUGCGAAAAAAGCUAAAUCAGUUACAAGUAGAGGCUGCCCGUUUAGGCAUUUUGCCUGUUGGUCGAGGAAAGACAGUGCCAGCCCAAGGAAGAGGACGAGGACGGGGUCGUGGUGGGAGAGGAAGGGGCAUGUUGAAUCAUAUGGUGGUAGAUCAUCGUCCCAAAGCACUAACAGUUGGAGGCUUCGUUGAAGAGGAAAAAGAUGAAUUGUUACAGCACUUCUCUAAAUUUGGAGAUAUUGAAGACCUUCAAGAAGAGGAUUCCCCAUUAAGUGUUGUUCUAACUUUUAAAUCUCGCUCAGAAGCUGAGAAUGCUGCUAACCAAGGAUCCCGGUUCAAAGACCGAAGGCUACAGAUAUCGUGGUACAAACCUAAGGUACCUUCUGUGUCUACAGAAAUCGAGGAAGAGGAGUCUAAGGAAGAGGAGACUGAAACCUCAGAUUUAUUUUUGCACGAAGAUGAUGAUGAUGACGACGAAGAUGAGGAUGAAUCCCGUUCUUGGAGAAGAUGAAACUUGAUGUUGGAAAUGUAUAAUUUUAGGAAUAUAGUUCAAGCUACAUCUUUUAAACAUUUAUUUAAGGAAGUUGAUGAGCCAAAAAAAGCUUUACUUUCUUUUCAAACCACAAGAUUUAAAGUGAGCAAAGUUUGUUAUAAAAACAUUUCGGAUAUAGAGCUGUGAUACUAAACUAGCCAAAGGCCCAGUAACUUUUUACAUAAUUAUCAAGCUCACCAGGGUGGUGAUUUUUUUCUAUUUAAGAAGGAUAAAAAGAGAGAGGGGAAAAAAAAAUUAGUAUUUUCUUGUCCUCUUUUUGUGUCACCUGUAUUACCUUGUUUUGGGUUUUUUAUAAUGUGAUUGAUUUGUUAGUUUAUAAUUGAAAAGAUAUUACAGGUUUUAUUUAGCAAUAUUAUGGGGUUAGGGGAAAGAUGCAAACUUUCAUUAAAUGUUACGAAAGAAAAAAUUGCCUCAUUUGCUAAUUGAAAAAGGGUAGCAUUUUAUUUCAUAUGGAAUCACUUAUUGUAGGAAUUAUUUGUGGCUAGGUUCAUAAAUCAUUUAUUUCAAUAUAUUUGAAAGCCACACGGUUUCUAUGUUCUACUGCUUUUUGUGAGAGGAGAUGGAAGAAGCAAUUUAACAGGGUAUUAUUAUAAUAUUGUCCAGUUCACUCUGUUUCUUCAAAUUCUGCUUCACAGAAAACAUCAGCAAUGACACAUAUUUGAGUGAAUUUUCACUCACUGUUGAUUUUUCUUCUGUAGUUUCAGUAUAAGGUUCAAGUUUAAGUUAGACUGUUUGUUUACUGCAUUUCAGUAUUUGUGAGCAUGAAUGUAAUGAGUUUCAUACUUCCUCAAAAAGAAAAACAGCUAAACUGGCAACCGCCUACCAGCCAGUAGAAACUCUUCCUCCUCUCCCCGUUACCAACUGUUUGUUUGUGUUCAAACCAAAUCCACGAAGCGUUCAGAGCGAAAUGCUGCUCAGCCAACAGAAUGUCAGUGUCCUGCUCAAAGGCUGGCGUUAACCCGGUGCUUUCAGUGGUAAGUCUUCAGAGGAGUGUUCAGAGCUGGUUUUGGAAGGUUAUCAAUUUAUCUCCGAGUAUAGUUUUGUUCAGACAAAUACAUUUAAGAUGAACACCAUUACAUUCUCAGUUGCCUUAUUGUUGUACCAUUCUAAAAACACACACACACCCCGCAGAAAUGGUGUGUAUUGUGAUGGAAAUGAGGAUAACAAGUUCAGAUGCUUGAGCCAUGUAUCUUAACUGUUACACGGCUCUCGCGGUUCAUGAACGUGUUAUCUGGUAAGCAUUUUCCUUGAGACUGUCCAUUUGUACCGUACACUUUUCAGUACAUUUUAUGUACGUUUCUAUACAAAAUAAACAGAAUGUCGGUGCAAAAAUGCUCUCCUCUUUUGAAUAAUUAGUUUACCAGUAUAUUUCCCAGCAAGUUCUCGACUGAAGGAAAACAUACAUCAAAACCUUUAAAUGACAUGGCUCUGAACUUGGCUAGUGACGUGGAGUUGAGCAUGCCUUUGGGUUAAGAGUUCCCCAACUUUAUUGUCCUUUUGCCGUGGUGGUGUAUCAAAAGUCAAAACAGUAUGAUUUUCUGUUUCCUUGUCAGUUGAAGGGAAUAUGUCUUUCAGUAUUCUGUCUCUUCACACUGAAACCUCACCUCUUUAUAUAAUUAGGACUUUCCUGCUAAUGCUGAGGCUAAAUUACAGACAUGAAGAAACGAGGGGAAACCAAUCCUACCUACUUAGAAGAAUAUCUUGCUUUUCUCCCAUCAUCUCUAAUGUUUUUUUUAAUGUCUGUGGCUCGGUCAGUGUAUAUUUUGAAAAAUCCAUUGCAGCAAACAUAUUUGAGUCCUGACAGUUUAAAAAAUGAUAGAGGGAACAAAAGGAUUUAUAUAUUUUUUUGUACAGAGUUUUUUCUUAAACUGUAUAAUUUUGUAAAUAUUUUGCUUUUUUGUGUACUAAAACUACCAGCGUAUAGAUUUCAAUAAGAAUUGUUGUAUUUUUGUAUUUGGAAAAUGAAAAUUACAGUGAAUGAAUGAAGCUGUAAGAAAAAUUGCAGUAGCCUUUGACACACGUAGAAUGGGAUUCCUUUUCAUAUGGUUUUAGCUCUAAAGUGACACCUGACUGGCACACUGUCUUCAGGGACACUUGCCCUUGCCCAGACGUGCUGGCUGUUCAAGUUGGGCGCGAUAGGAGGGAAACGAGUGCGGUAGCUUUAUUUAAUGAUUUUUUUUUUUGAGAGCUUCAUACGAUUACUUUUUUUUCUCCCCCACCCCCCCCUUUACAGCACACAUUGGCAGGCUUACAUAAAUCCUCAGGUGACAUCCCAAACAUGAUUUCUAAACGCUGAGGCACAAAAGCGAGUUCUGCCUCUGAACUUAGCUUGUGUAUGGAAGGCAUGCUGUCAUGUUAUUGGGAAUUGAGGCGAUGGGCAGUAUAGCGGUGUCUGACUUCUGGUGUUUAAGGCGGAGGAAAGCUGUUUGAAAGCGACCUUCAUUUUGCCAAAGCUUAUGGAUCUCCCUGUAUUUUAGGGUAUGCUAGGCUAUAUUAAAAUGUUUGGGGUUUUUUGGUUUGGUUUUGUUUGUUUCAAUAGGUAACAUGACAGUACAGCUUACUUUAUGGCAACACUUGAUUGUGAAAUUCAGGUGGACUUUCAGAGAGUACGUUAGACAAGACUUGUAGUCAACAAGGUAACUUGUGUACACCAGCCAGUGCAUUUACAGGCGAUGUGUAAUGAGAUGUUACCGGUCUGGGGCAUAAACAUUGAAAGAGUACGUGGUAAGAAAAGUGACUGUUACGAGGAAUUGUCUCCCUCUCAUUGCUGAGUUAACCUAAGCAAAAAGAACAAAGCAAACUCAAGAGUUGAAAAGAUGAAUCUGAAAACAGUUGCCUGCUUAUUGUGAAAACAACACUUUUUUUAACAAAAUCAUGUGAAAAGGAAUAAAGUUCCUCUUGGUGUAUAGUAAACUUGUACUAUAGUUUUUACAAAUUGUGAACUUGUGUAAUAGUAUAAUAGGAGAUAUUGUUGAAUUUCUAACUGUUUAUACAUUUAAAUUCAUAUAUGUAAUGUUUGUUUUAUUGAUUACAAUCUGAAUUUCUAAGAUGCAUGUUGACUUUUUUGCAAUAAAGAUAUACUAUGGAAUGGUUCAAGAUUUAGAAAAGACAAAAUUCUAACUUAAAUAAAUUGGAUAGCAGAACCAUUCAAAA